CUUUUCGCUGAUAACGUUAACCUGAUACGACCCUUAAAGAUGGUCUUUUUUACUCGUAUAAACUGUGCUAGAUCCCUAUGGAAAGGUCCAAAUCUUGCUUCUUUUUCCUUAUCUUUAUCAAAUGCUUCAAAAGAUAUUCCUCCAAUUAAAACUCAAGAAAGAUCUUGUACAAUUCUCCCUAGUUUUGUUGGCUUGCGUUUUUUGGUUCAUAAUGGAAAGGAUUAUGUGAAUGUUCUUAUAACAGAAGAUAUGGUUGGUCAUAAGCUAGGAGAGUUUUCUCCAACACGAAAAAAAUUUUCAUAUAAAUACACGAAAAAUAAGUGAUUAUUUAUGGAUGUUAUACCUUUUACAAUAACGUGUUCAUCUUUUA